CUUCCGUCGCAGGAAACUACGCAUGCGCGCGAAGCGAACGAAGCGGAAAAGAGCGAGCCCCGCGGACCCCGCCUCGACUCUUGCGCCUGCGCACGGGAGGAUGAAGCUGUUGGAGAAAUUGCCGGCGGCUGAGACGGCGAAGUUCUUCCACAAGGUCAUCGAUGGGCUAUGUGGCCACGUUUCCCCCCGGUAUCGUGACUACGACGCUAUUUGGAAUUUAACGGAAUGGAUGGAGGUGCUCGAACAAACGGCGUCGUAUUUCAGGGAAACGAUUGGAAAAGAUCUUUCUGAGGAAGAGGCUGUUCUGCCGUUGGCGGAAUUAAAUCCCGACACGCAAAGAGCAGCACGGACUUGCUUGAAAGCCAGAAAACCUGAUAUCAGGCAAGCCCUGGUUGGAAAAACAAAUGCUAUUUGUUCUUCCCAGCUCCUGAAUUUUGACUGGCAGCUCAAGCUCGCCCUUUCUAGCGAUAAAUUGUCCCUGCUGCAGAUGCCGCUUUUAAACCUUGAUCUGGAUUUGUCUAAAGAUGGGGACCUCAAAUUUGUCUCUGUGGAAAUGAAUAAAGAAGAAUUACAGGCUCUGAUAAACGCAUUGGAAGCGGCGAACAAGGUUGUUUUGCAACUGAAAUGAUUCCAGAUUCGGAGCCGCCCAGCGCUGAGAAAAAGAAUAUUUAUUCUAAAAUGCAAAAGGAUAUUAUUUUUCCUGAGAUGGAAAGUUCAGCACAUAAAAGGAGAUGAGGAAUUUUAAUUGCAAGCUUAGCAAGACUUUGCAUUAGACCAAAAUCAGUUAAGUACAUUUAGGCUAAAUUGCCAAAAUGGGCCAAAGCUCAGAUUGUUACAAUAUGUUUGAAAAGUUUUGAAGAAAUGAAGGCGCUUGAAAAUUCAUUGGAUUUCAUAUUACGUUAACAAACAUUGCGUCAAAUUGUUUAGGGCAAAAGAAAAGAAAUUUCUUUCUUCUUUUUUUUUCAAUUCGCUUCGGAUUUGUUGAAACAAUUACAUAUUUUGACUACUGUGGGAUGGUCAGACUGGAAAGCAAAAUACGUUGUUUCUAACUUGCCUAAGAACAAUAUUCUAGGACAAACAGUUCUGUCCACAAAUACAAAGGAAUGCAUCUACUUAAUGAACUACAUCCAGUUUGAAAAUGACAUUAGGAACAACUCCCAUUCGUGUCAAGUGGAUUUAUGAUGUCGGAAUAAUAAUUGUACGUGGGAGAAAUCAAUAAAUGUUUUUGUAGCCGGGUAUAUCCGAAACGAAUGAAACCUAAGCUAUGAGGCAGGUUGCAAAUUUAAUACAACGUUGAAUCUUAUGAGGUUUAGGACAACUCGUCGCGGGGAAAAAGUUACCCUAAUAUCGAAGAAAUGGUGGAAUAGAAUCAUAAAAGGAAGGGUGCCAACGAAGGGGCAGAAUGAAAUGGGAAUGAUAAAAAUUAAAAUGCUUAUUAAAAAAUUAUUUUAAAUAAUUACAUUGAAUUGUUUAAUUGUCCUGCAGCGAGAAAGAAUAGAAUAGAACAGAUGAUAGGAUAGAAUAGGAUAUAGGAUAUAAAAUAUAGAAUAAUAGGACACAGAAUGCAAAACAGAACAGCACAGGUACCGUAUAUGUGGUACCUUGCUCAAUAGUAGUACCUGUGAGAGGGAUCUUGGAGUCCUAGUGGAUAACUAUUUAAAUAUGAGCCAGCAGUGUGCAGCAGCUGCCAAAAAAGCCAAUACAUCAACAGAGGGAUAGAAUCAAGAUCACGUGAAGUGUUAAUACCACUUUAUAAUGCCUUGGUAAGGCCACACUUGGAAUACUGCAUUCAGUUUUGGUUGCCACGAUGUAAAAAAGACGUGGAGACUCUAGAAAGAGUGCAGAGAAGAGUCACAAAGAGGAUUAGGGGACCUGGAGGCUAAAACAUAUGAAGAACAAUUGCAGGAACUGGGUAUGUCUAGUUUAAUGAAAAGAAGGACUAGGGGAGACAUGAUAGCAGUCUUCCAAUAUCUCAGGGGCUGCCACAAAGAAGAGGGAGUCAAGUUAUUUUCCAAAGCACCAGAAGGCAGGACAAGAAUGGAUGGAAAUUGAUCAAGGAGAGAAGCAACCUGGAAUUAAGGAGAAAUUUCCUAACCGAACAAUUAACCAGUGGACCAGCUUGCCACCAAAAGUUGUGAAUGCUGAAAGUUUUUAAGAAGAGUUCGGACAACCAUUUGUAUACGGUUUCCUGCCUGAGCAGGGGGUUGGACUAGAAGACCUCCAAGGUCCCUUUCCAACUCUUAUUCUGUUAAUUGGAAACCCUGGGAGGUCUACACCAGGUUGCCAAAAGAACUUUUAGGAGGACUGAAUGUUGUCCCCGGGAAAGUUCUUCAUGACUUGUUCUCAGUCAAUUUUAAGAGCUGCGUUUGAAUGGGGAAGAUCCCAGUUUGGGUUCAUUGACCAGCAUCUAACCAGUUUAUCCUAAGGGGUCCAUGAGUCUGGGCCACCGGAUCCCCUGGAAAGAAGAUCAAAGCGCGACAUCCUUCUCUCGCUUUCAUUUUUUGGCCUCACAAGCUUCGGAUAAAAUCGGCGAGAUCGUGCACCACCCUGUUGAUCAGCGGAAAGGAUAGGAUGCGAUACCCGUAAAGUAAGAACAUCCCAUGGAUGCCCUUCUCUACGUGGCUCCAGGUUACCGGCACACGGUUGUCUGUCAGCCGCCUCAUGUACAACAAACCGUCAUCGCGAAGGACAUCAUACUCGCAGGUCAGCAGGAAGGUCCGAGGGAGCUUGGAGACUACCGCAUCCUCGGCGAGCAAGGGUGAACACAUUUCGGUGAGCAGCACUUUAACUUCUUCGUGCAACCGAGGGUUAAAAUGAGACGAGGAUGGCUCUGGCGGCGUGUAGCCUCUGGCUUUGAACCGCUCCGGGAUGUGGUCGGCGCUCACCCACUUCUGGUACUUCAAACGGGUGGCCUCAGGAACGUGCCUGUUCUUCAGAAUACCGUCCACAAAAGAAGUGGGCUUGUUAAAGUAACAGCAGGCCAAGAAGGGGACUAGCUUACGCCACAAGAGGGGACUUCUGCGGUUCUGCUGAUAGGAUGGCAAGCAGAGAUCCAGGCCUUGAAGCACGGGGUAGAUCAACACUUGGGCGUGAACCUUGGGAAGGUCACUCCGGUCCACCAGUGACUGACAGACGUGUGUGGCCACCGCACCCCCAAAGCUGUCUCCAGAAAUGAUGAUACGGGAGCUGUCCACCCCGUAAUCUUCUGCAUGUUUCAUGAGGAAGACGGCCGCCUUCAGACAUUCAACGUGCUGGGUUGGAUAAGGGUUCUCCGGCCCAAGUCGAUACCUGAAAGGAGGAGAAAAUGACAGAUUAUGGAUUCCCGAUCCAAUCGGGUAUACUGACAAGUUCAGACUUUCCCUCGUUUUGUAAUACGGUGGUGGUUGUUUUUAAAUUGCCGAUCGAUCGACCAGUGAGAAUAGCUCAUGCUCAUCGGCAGGCUCCUUUGGAAGCCUUUCUUUCCUUUAACAAUUCUAGAUCAUCAUUUCGUUGGUAUUAGUGUCACCCUUGGCCUGCGGCGAGUUACCUGCUCCACGAAUUGUCCGCGCUGCGAAUUGUCCGCGUCGACUCGUCCAAGACCUACGGCAGAUUAAUGCGACAAGGAGAUAACACUCACCCAACCAUGAAUACAGUCGAAUUCCCCACUUUGGCAAUGUACCGCAGGAAUCUUUCGUAGCUAUCUGAAACGAGCAUUGAAGAGUUAUACAAUGGAUGGGGGAUUCCUUCCCCGAAGCCCCUCUCCCUGCUUCAGACAAGAUUUGGGGGAAGGAAAGUCUGCCAGAGACCGGCUGUUGUACCAAAGACGGCUGCUGUCCACUAAUCGCUAUCCUAUUUGUUCUCCUAUUUGCUUUUGGAAUCUUUUUCAUUUUAUACAUCUCAUUGAAUGGACGGUGUGAUACUUGGAUAUCAUACAUUUCAAUACAAAUAAACAUAACAUUAUUAUUCCUGAUAAUACGUUCCAUUUUCAUUUUUCAUCUUUUUUAACACAAAGCUUUUACCAUUGUCCUUCAGUUCUAAACCUUCUCCUACUUCUUCCAUACAUGGUAACAUUUUAAUAUCUAUUUUAACUAUUGUUCCCCCUCUUAUUUCCCAUCUAUAUUUUAACCCUCUUUUUUUCCCCUAUGUCACUCUAAUAUUCAAAGUCGUGAUCUCUCCUUUCAUUAUUAAAUAUCUCAGCGUACACUUCUAGUUCCAGUCAAAAUUGUUCCAACAAUUAAUAUACACCUAUUCAUAUUCAUAUUCUUUCCAGUCCUUUAUUUCUAGUAU